ACCCAUCGGCUGUAGCAAUCAGACAAACCGUCCUCCCUCUUGCGCCUCAUAGUGCCGCGGGACGUAGAAGCACGACAGAAAGGGGGGGAGAGAAGGAAGCGGCGGCAGUCCGGUGAAGACGAGGCCCGGGGAUGCGGGGAAAGCGUUGCUUUCCCACCUCGCAACUCCUGCUAGGGGAGCUGUCCCUGGUGGAAGCCGCCUCCCGCCUUCCCCGAGAGAGUCUUUUGUCUCCCACAGCCGACGGGCCCCCUCGCUGCCGUGCUUCCUCUCGGGCCCCGCGCUAGGCACCGCUGGCUCCCUGCCCUCCCUCGGCCGCGCAACACCGCCCCGGGGAAGGAUGGGUACAACCCCACCCCCUUUUGCCCGACUCGGGCUCCAAAGCGCCGCUUUAUUGUUUGCUCAUCACGGGCGCUGAUUGGAAGCGAGAGGAAGAGGAGGGUUGUGUGUGUGUGUUUUUGUGUGUGUUUGUAUAUAGUAUGCGCGUCUCCGUCUCAUGCACGCGCAUUUCCCCAGCUGUCUGUUGCGCGCUGAGGAAUAGCAAGCUAGAAGCCUUAUAGAAAUGAAGCAUAUAAAUUUAGGUAGCAAAGCAACGCGCCUUGGUCUCGAACAUGUGUUUUUGAUUCUCAUAAGCAGUCCGAUCUCCUCUGCAUGUUUACUUUUAAGUUCAGUUGGAACUCGCUCGCCCGUGUGCUUUAGUUUUGCAGAGCUUAGCCUGUUCGGGUUUACUGGGAAAUGAUUCAGAAAAAAAUCCCAACCCAAUCUUUUGACUUCCUUAAGAUGCUGCAGAUUUAUGCUAUAAACUUCAAUGGCCUAGAGCCUACUUCAUCGGAUGCAUAUGAUUAAAAACAUCUGAUCUUGUGUUCCGCUGCAACAGACUUUUUUGCUGUGGGAAGUAAGUGCAGCUGACAUUCAGUAGGGCUGUAGACCUAGAUUUCUUACUGCAAGCAAGCAUAGUUUAUUUUUACCUGGGGAAGUAUAAUUUUGCAUCCACAGUCUUCAUUGGUUUGUGAGCAUAGAAGAUUAUGGAUCCAGGUGGUGGAAGUCUUGGGUUGCAGACACAGGAGUCCAAAAUGCCUCACACUAUGAUUAUGCAGGAUUUUGUGGCUGGAAUGGCUGGUACUGCUCACAUUGAUGGAGAUCAUAUUGUUGUGUCAGUUCCUGAAGCUGUACUUGUUUCCGAUGUUGUCACAGAUGAUGGAAUAACUCUUGAUCAUGGCUUAGCGGCUGAAGUUGUCCAAGGACCUGAUAUCAUAACCGAAACUGAUGUUGUCACAGAAGGGGUGAUAGUUCCUGAAUCUGUAUUGGAGGCUGAUGUAGCUAUUGAAGAAGCACUAGAUACCAGUGAUCAUGUUUUGACUUCAGAUCUAAUUACAGAAACUGUUAGAGUUCCUGAUCAGGUUUUUGUGGCUGAUCUUGUUACGGGCCCUGAUGGUCAUUUGGAACAUGUGGUACAAGAUUCUGUGUCAGGAGCAGAUUCUCCCACAAUGGUUUCAGAAGAGGUUCUUGUAACCAAUUCAGAUACAGAAACUGUGAUUCAGGCAGCUGGCACUGUUCCUGGUUCUACAGUUACUAUAAAGACUGAAGAUGAUGAUGAUGGCAAGAGCACAUCUGAAGACUACUUAAUGAUAUCUUUGGAUGAUGUUGGGGAAAAGCUAGACCAUAUUGGAAACACACCUUUAAAAAUCAGCACUGAGGUUUCACAUGAUGAUGUAUCUAAAGAUGAUGGUUUUGGUUCUGAAGUCAUUAAAGUUUACAUAUUUAAAGCUGAAGCUGAGGAUGAUGUGGAAAUAGGUGGAACAGAAAUUGUAACAGAGAGUGACUUUCAUAAUGGGCAUUCUGUAGCUGGAGUUUUAGAGCAAGGAGGCGUCGGCAGAGUACAGCGAGAGAAGAUGGUUUAUAUGGCUGUUAAAGAUUCCUCUCAAGAGGAUGAAGAUAUUGGUUGUGCUGAAAUAGCUGAUGAAGUUUACAUGGAGGUUAUUGUUGGUGAAGAAGAAGCAACAUCACUGCCUGAAGCACAGCUUGAAGACACUGGUGUGAAUAAAACUUUUGUUCCUGUUGCAUGGGCUGCUGCUUAUGGAGAUGAUAGAAGACUUCCCCGGAGGUAUGAAGACUGUCAAACAACAGGAACCAACUUGGAUGCAAGAUUAGAAAACAAAAAUGUUAAUGCAACACAAUUCCUGCAAAUCUGUGAUAGCAUUAGCACAAACAGACUGCUUAAACAGAAAGCCAAGAAAAGGAGGAGAGGGGAAGCAAGGCAGUGGCAAACAGCUGUUAUAAUAGGUCCUGAUGGACAACCCUUAACCGUCUACCCUUGUCACAUAUGUGGGAAAAAAUUUAAAUCCAGGGGAUUCUUGAAAAGGCAUAUGAAAAACCACCCAGAUCACAUGAUUAAGAAGAAAUACCAAUGCACAGACUGUGAUUUUACAACUAACAAGAAAGUAAGCUUUCAUAAUCAUUUGGAAAGCCAUAAGCUCAUCAACAAAGUUGACAAAACGCAUGAAUUCACAGAGUACACCAGGCGAUACAGAGAAGCAAGCCCACUGAGUUCAAAUAAACUGAUCUUAAGGGACAAGGAACCUAAAUUGCACAAGUGCAAAUAUUGUGACUAUGAGACAGCAGAGCAAGGACUGCUUAAUAGACAUCUGCUUGCGGUUCACAGCAAGAACUUCCCUCAUGUUUGUGUUGAGUGUGGGAAAGGAUUCCGCCAUCCUUCUGAGCUCAAAAAGCAUAUGAGGACCCACACAGGGGAGAAGCCUUACCAGUGCCAGCAUUGUGUCUUUCGUUGUGCUGAUCAGUCUAAUUUGAAGACACACAUCAAAACCAAGCAUGGUACUGACCUGCCCUUUAAAUGUGAACAUUGUCCGCAGGCAUUCACAGAUGAGAAAGAACUCCAGCAGCACACAGAGUUGUUUCAAGGGCAUAAGACUCAUCAGUGCCCACAUUGUGACCACAAGAGCACCAACUCGAGUGACCUGAAACGGCACAUAAUAUCUGUUCACACAAAGGACUUUCCUCACAAAUGUGAGGUGUGUGAAAAAGGUUUCCACCGUCCAUCGGAGCUCAAGAAGCACAGUGAAACGCAUAAAGGUAAAAAGGUACAUCAGUGCAGGCACUGUGACUUUAAGACUUCAGAUCCUUUUGUACUUAGUGGGCAUAUUCUCUCAGUUCACACUAAGGACCUGCCUUUCAAAUGCAAAAGAUGCAAGAGAGGAUUUAGGCAACAAACUGAACUGAAGAAGCACAUGAAGACCCACAGUGGAAGGAAAGUCUAUCAAUGCCAGUAUUGUGAGUAUAGCACUACAGAUGCAUCAGGCUUCAAGCGGCAUGUCAUAUCAAUACACACAAAAGACUAUCCGCACAGGUGUGAGUACUGCAAAAAGGGAUUCCGUAGACCAUCAGAGAAAAAUCAGCAUAUAAUGAGGCAUCACAAAGAGGCCCUAAUGUAACAUAUGAGCUGUAGAAGAAAACGGUUUAGAAACUGUGAUCUGCUUAAUUGGGGAAGAAAACUCUCAUGAACUGUUUCUCCUGGUUUCAAAGCUUGAUAUUAAAUCAUAACUUUACAUUCUUUGUAUUACAAGUCUUUAAAAGUAUUAGGGUUGACAGGGGAUCUCAUAGCCCUAUGAUUGUUGCUCAUCAAAACCUAAAGAACACUAUAAAAUGCAGAGAUGAAUGUUUGAAAAGCUGCGGAAAGAGACCUUGAAUGUCUUCUGUUUAAAGUGUUAUAUAUAAUUAAGCUAAAGAAAAUACUAAGACCGUUAUCUUAGCCCUUUAUCAAUAACGCCAUUUAUAUCCUUAAUGAAAACUGGGGGUGGGAGUUUUUAGAAAUGUUUGCUAUGGCAAGUCUACAAUAUGCAGGUAGAAGUCAGUUGCUUUGUCAUUACAUUUUUUAACUGUGCUGGGAAACAAGAAUUGGUUAGAUUUUGAGAUCUGUCUUUUUUGUUGUUGUUAAAGCAAACACACAUUUCACCAGGAAACAUAGUUUCCUUCCUUUAUUUAGGUUCAAUGAGCAAUAUUUAAACUUUUUUUUUCCAGAGCUGCUGACCUAUGUUAUCGCAGGAUAUGGUGUUAAAAAUACAGCAUUGUUUUUGAGCUCAAAAGGUGUUGUUCAGUACUAGGAUUGAAGAUGUGUGUGUAUAUAAUUUCCCUUUUUAUCUGAAAACUGCAGUUGAAUGUUCAGUAUGGCACAUAUAAAAAAAUUACCUUUUGGCCGAUCUAAUUAUUAUAAUAUUUUUGAAAAAGAAUAAAAAAUUGAUGGCUGCGGCUGUUGGUGCUAUGAUUUGGCACUUUUUUUUGCUAUUUUACUGUUUUCCUUUUUCAAAAAAAGAGUAUCAAGAUUACAUUAGUUGGAAAUGCCUAUGGAAUCUUAGGGGGCAGUGUUCCUGGCAAGGGUAGACUACUGUGGUCCUUCCUUGCAAAUUAAAAAUCUUUCCAUAUAGAAAUGAAAAUUGCACCUUUUAAUCAAUUCAUACAAAACAUAUACCAUACUAUAAACAUGCAUUUUCAAUCUGUAAGAAAGUUAUAUAUGCAGUAUUUAACCAGAACAAUAUGCUGCCGCUAGAGUUUGAAGGUGGAUCUUCAGUUUACAGUGUAUACAUUUGAAAUAUGCAUCCCUUUAAACAAUGCUUUGUGUUAGCAUGCUGCAAAUCAAAAUGGCGCUUAAUAUAACAAGCUGGUCUAGGGCUAUUUAAUAAUUAAAAACUGUUCAUAAAUGUUAUGCAUAUAAUGUGUACUUUUUUAAAACUUUUUUUUUAAGUUGCUUUAUGUUUGCACACAGCUGUUCACAUAAUAAAUUGUAACUUUACUUCAUGCUACUAUAUUGUGGCUUUGUGUUUCAGAUAAUGUUCAUACUUUGUUUUUGCACCAGAUGAGAAUCAGUUCCUUGAGAAUAAAUUUUUUUUAUAUUUCUAAACUUCAGAAAGUUAACUUUGGGAAACCUUGUGUUUUAUGUGGCUGUAAAAAAUGAUGUACACGAUGUAAAAUAAGAUUGUCACUGUUAUGUGGGACUAUUAUUUCAAAAUGUGUUACUCAUUGUAAUGAGCAUACAAUAAAAUGCAUCUCUUGCACUCCAA